AUGGCCGAAUCCACCUCCGCCCAACUGGCCAGCACGCCACAGGAAAAGUUCGCCCUAAUCAAAGACAACCUCCAAGAAGUCCUGAAUCCGGAAAUCAUCGAAGAGAUCCUCCAAAAGAAUGAAAGACCAUUGCGAAUCUACUGGGGCACCGCGACAACUGGCAAACCCCACUGCGGCUACUUCGUCCCCAUGCUCAAAAUCGCCCAGUUCCUCGCCGCCGGCUCCCACGUCACCAUCCUCCUCGCCGACGUCCACGGCUUCCUGGACAACCUCAAAGCGCCCAUUGAACUGGUCCAGGAACGAGUGAAAUACUACCGCUACUGCAUCACCGCCUUACUCCAAGCUGUGGGCGUGGACAUCACCCGCCUCGAAUUCGUCACGGGAUCGGAUUACCAGUACAGCUCGCAAUAUGUUAGCGACAUCUAUAAGUUGAGCACCCAAGUCUCCGUCCACGACGCUUCCAAAGCCGGCUCCGACGUCGUCAAACAAGUCGAUUCCCCACCUCUGAGUUCCCACCUCUACCCCCUCAUGCAAGCCCUCGACGAAGAACACCUAAACGUCGACGCCCAAUUCGGCGGCGUCGAUCAGCGCAAGAUCUUCACUUUAGCAGUGGAAACCCUUCCCCGGAUCGGCUACCGCAAACGCGCUCACCUCAUGAACCCACUCAUACCCGGUUUACAAGAAGGCGGGAAGAUGAGCUCCAGCGACCCCGACUCCAAGAUCGAUCUGAUCGAGCCCGCGGAGAUUGUGAAGAAGAAAUUGAAGAAGGCUUUUUGUCCUCCUAAGCAGGUAGUGGGAAAUGGUGUCAUCUCCUUUGUCGAAUUCGUCCUCCUUCCCGCCUCGGCACUGAAGAAUAAGGGUGUGCCUAAAUUCAGCGUCCCGCGCCGCGACGCAGAAACGCUGGAAUAUACUUGCAUUCAAAAACUCAAAGACGAUUACCUGUCUGAUAUCCUCUCGCCUCAAUCCCUCAAGCCCGCUGUUACGGAAGCACUGCUGGAGAUUCUGGAGCCGAUACGGAGGGCGUUUGAGGAGGACAAGGAGUGGCAGGCUGUGGAAACCAGGGCGUAUCCGCCGCCUCCUGCUCCGGAGAAGAAGAAGAAGAAGGAGAAGAAUUUGGGGAGUCGGUUUCCGGGUGGGGCGGGGAAGGGUGGCGAGGGUGCGGUGGAGGUGAAGCCGGAUGGGCAUGUGGAGGGGGAUGGGGCGCUGGAGGUUAGUGUGGGUGUUAAGGACCUAAGUCUGAGUGGGGAGGAGGCGAAGGCGUAG